CAUGUUGGAUAUGCCAAGCUGAUUUGCGCAACAUGCACAGUGACCAAAAGUAAUAUAAUGAACCGGUACUUACUAAACAUAUCUUAUAUUGGUACGAAUUUUCGAGGAAUACAAAAAAUAGUAAAUAAAGUUGAGGGACCGCACGUGGACACCAAAACUAUUCAAGGAUGCAUUGAGUUGGCUCUUCGCUCGCUCAAUCCGAUUAACGAAAUCCAAACAGUAAUUUCAAGUCGCACCGAUGCCGGUGUGCAUGCAUUGCACUCGACACUUCAUGUUGAUCUGCAACGACGCAACUCUAAACCCUUCGAUCCAACUACCAUAACAUGUGUCCUUAAUCGUCUGUUGCAAAAAAACGGAUUUCCUAUACGAGUGCUUAGCACACAGCAGGUCCCAGAUACUUUUCAUUGUCGAUAUAAUGCACGAGGGCGAAACUACUUGUAUCGAUUCGCAGUGGCCAAAAAUGGUAAUAGUCAUACUGACCGUUUAAAGAAUCACGACGUUUUCAUGCCGGUGGAAGAAUUAGAUCGAUGCUACUUUUUGCAAAAUUGUAACUUCGACAUUGAACGUUUGCGCGCAGGUUCUCAUAUGUUUUUAGGCCUGCAUAAUUUUCGCACUUUUAUGAGCGUCAGCCGACAGCGCAGUGCUACUCGAGAUCAUCCUAGAUACACGCUACGAACAAUCGACCAAAUAAUUGUAAAACCUGGGAAGUCGGUGGCAGUUGGUGCAAAUGCUAGAUUAGCCGAAAGCCUCUACGACUACUGGGAUAUUGAAUUCACAGCAAAGGCAUUUCUUUAUAAGCAAGUGCGACGCAUGGUUGGUGCAUUACUUGCGUUGGCUACCGGACGAAUAGAUGAGCGAUCCUUAUACCAAAUGUUAACGAUUCCUUCGAAGAACUCGUGGGAUCAUCGCGUGUUACUCUCACCGCCAUUUGGACUUUACCUUUGUCGUGUUUAUUAUGACGAAAAAGAUCUAAAAUUACCUGAGGUAUUCAAUAGCAAUGAGCUUGCUGGAGCAGCUUCAAACUAA